UUUGUGCAAUAGUUUUGAUAGUAAUUGCUUUUUCUUCUUGAAAAAAUCAUAAAUUAUGGAAUAAAUAUUUAACUAGUAUAUAAUAAUUUUCUAUAAUAAUGAUAGUUCUAUGUGCCAUUUGCAAUGAAUUACUCGAAAGUUCAGUGGAAAUAUUUGUUACUCCUUGCGGACAUGUAUUUCACUUAAAAUGUCUUUCCCAGUGGCUUCCGAGAUCUUCAACUUGUCCAGAGUGCCGUCGUAAAACUACACCCUCCACCAUACAGAAAAUUUACUUCAAUGUUUGUGCAGACAGAUCUCUUCUCGAUGACCCUGCUGUGUUACAAGAACAGCUCUCAGAUGCAAAAUUAAGGAACAAUGAUCUUCAAAAAUCUCUUGAAGAAUCAAAUGAUAAAUUGAAAUCAUCUGAAAAAAAGGUUCUGAAACUUGAAGAAAAUCUGAUAAAAAAAGAGGCAGCUUAUGAUGCAAUGAAACAUCAAUAUUUAUACUUCAAGGAACAGAUGAAGGAAUUAUCAGGUCUAAAAGAACAGUUACAACAAAUAAAAAAGAAAAUGCAGUCUAUGGAAAAAAUUGAUCUACUAUUAAAAUCAACAUCCAGUGAAGUAGAUACAAUGAUUUCUAAUCAUACAAGUGCUGCUGAUUUGGCUAGUUUUGUAUCCAUACUCAAAAGACAGCUCAGUUCUAGUGAAGAAAAACGGAAAGACCUAAAAGUUGGGUAUCAAAAAUUGCAACUAGAACUUGUUAAAUAUAAAACCCAGUGUACUCGAUUCAAAGAAAAACUUGAAAUGCAUAGCAACGAUGAAGAAAAACUUACUGAUUUACAUAGAGAAAAAGGAAAAUUGCUGGAACGUAUUACAGAAUUAGAAUCCAUAGUGGAAAAUAACACAAGUACACCACCCAAAAAUAAGACAAAUGGACUAAUCAACUCAAAUAAAUCUAAAAAUGCAGAAUCUCCAUACUUGCAAGUUGAAUCUAGCAGCUUUGGAAUGAUGCCAUUAAGAACAUUAUCAAAUAACAGCCCUGCAGUUGAGAAAAGGAAACUUACAACAGAUAAUAAAUAUUCUAUAUUCAAGAAACCUCGUAUAAAUGUUCAAACCAUGGCAUCCCUUUAUUCUAUAAACUUAGCAAAAAGUGAACGGGGUUCAAGUGGCAGUAGCCACAAUGCUAAUUUGUGAUAUUCUUUUGAAGAUCA